AUGAGUCCUUCAUUUGCGCAAGCGAAUCCAUUCGCGCGACGAGAUACCCAUCCAAUCCAAGCAAUCUGGACAUAUAAAAUAUGUACAAUUAUAUCCUGGUUGUUGAUGGUAGUAGUCACCUUCUACUACAACUUCCACGCACCUCAAGAUGACAAGCACAGUUGGCGUCAUACCAUUUGGGAGCAGAAUAAGAUACACCACACACCGUUUGCUAUGAAUGCUUUCAUUGCUUCAUUCUAUUGGUUGUUCCUCUUCAUUCUUCAAAUUGGAUAUGUCCUUCACCUCUUCAGCGACGAAGUUGAACAUGUCAACGCCGCAGCAUCAGUUGGAAGUCAUUUCAUUCUGAACAAUCUCUUGCAGUUUGCAUUCGUCAUGCUAUUCGUUCGAUCUCACUUUGUAUGGGCUGAGAUUAUAUUGAUCAUCAAUUUCUUCAACCUUUCCUCUCUCUACUUCCGUCAUAAUACCACCCCAAGAUUCAUUCAUAUGCCCGCUACCUCUGGUCCACUCGCUUGGACAUUUGUAGCUUUGUAUUGGAACGGGGCUAUCGCCGUUGGAGCUCACAACCUUCCUGCACGUAUCAUAGCAAAUGUUGCAAUCUGGGGCAUCUUAGUAUAUGGACUCUUCUUCCUUGCUGCUUACAAGGAUUACACCAUGGGAUUUGCCCUCAGUAUCAUCACGGCAGCCAUCGGCGUUGGUCAAUUCUUCACAAAAGUAUUCGCUCUUCAGUGGAUCUUUGCUUUUACCAUAAUGGGUACUCUCUUCCUUGCUACAUUGAUAGUUGCCGUUCCUGGAAUUUUCGGCAAGGAGAUUUCAUUCAGAAGAGAAACUCCACUCGCUUCGGAGGAUCAAGAGAGAGCCCCUCUUUUGGACGAUCACUAA